ACUUUUCCAAAGCGGUUAUGUUUGUCCGGUAUGUUUGAUUUACGAAUUCUGGAAUUUUAAUUUGUUAGAGAAGUGUAGCAGUGGUAAUAAAAUUUACAUUGAUUAAUUUUCGCAAUGUUAAAAACCGCCCCAGAUCCGAUAGAUGUCCAGGAUCUUCAGUUUAAAUUACGUUGUCGUUUGAAAGUGUUUAAUAAUGCAGAGGGUGCAAAUACCUCGAAAUAUUGUAAUCUGGUUACAUGUGCCAGCAGAUUUGGGCUAAUCUUCGUUGGUAGCAACACUUCGAACGUCCAAAUAAUUCAGUUAAAAAGCAUAGAAGAGUGUAGUACUUCAGGUGGUGGAGAUAAAACCGACUACCCUAGAAGAAAUCUGCCACUACCAUCGCCCCCUACGCAUGUAUCAGUCAAUUGCGAACACACAGUAUUGGGUAUUGUUAUUGAAAAAAAUAAUUGUCCUUGUGCUUUAUUCUACGAUGUUAAAUCAUUUUGGCAAAGAGAUAUUAAACAAAUUGGGGAAAUCCGUCUAUCAGCAACACCUUCAGUUUUUGUCACUGAAGUGAAUUGGAAUCCGGCUUUAGGACCGGUAUUUACAGCCUGUAAAAGUGACGGGACUCUAGGAAUUUAUGAAAUCAAAAACAGUGGAAUUGACAUAAAUGAACUACCAGCUGCAGCGGGUGCUACCAGCUUUUGUUGGAGCCCCAAAGGCAAGCAAAUAGCUGUGGGUUCCCGCGAUGGCAAAAUCACCCAAUACAAACCCGACUUAAAAGCCGUCAAAGUCAUAAAUGCGCCACCUUUUAAAGAGCCCCAUUCACUUCAAUCCUUACAAUGGGUCUCCAAUUAUCAAUUUAUCGGCGUUUUUCAACCCCUUAACCCCAGCAAUUCUGCAACUUUUAUCGUGGUUGAUGCGCCUAAAACCGGAGACCCCACUUAUAUCAACUAUGAUGAUAUUUGCUACAGUAAUGGGAACGCAAGACCUGUGCAAUUUUACACCAUUUUGAUUCACCAAUGGAAUAUUUUAAUGGCCGCGUCCUCAAAUAGUAUGGAAGUAGGGAUAUUGGGGAAUUCUGGGGACUUUUGGAAGCAAUGGAUUAUGGGCGAUGCAGCAAGGGCUGAACUUCCUCUCAGUGCAAAUCAUCAAGAGACUUUACCAGUGGGUUGUGGACUUGAUAUUGGGAACAGUCAACCCUUACCAUGGGGCGAGACGACUUUACCACCAGUACCAUUUUUAUUACUAUUGUCCCAUCAUGGAACGUUGUGUGUUUUUAAUGUAAUCAAUUUGAAAGAGGGAAUUCCAAGCAUAUGUACUCCACCUGAUCCAAUACCUGACACUUCAGGUUUAGAAAAUUUUCUUAUUGGUGGUACCGAACCUGAGACAAAACCAUUAGAACCAAUCAAAAGUGUAGAACAACCAAAACCGGCCCCUGUUGUGGUUAGUACCCCUAGUACUACUUCACUUUUCAAAGCUCAUACAAGUCAAGCAACUCCGCCUCAACCUCAGAUAAACCUCUUUGGAGGUCAAGCUACUCUAACACCGGUUGCAAAAGGGACAAAAACUACCCCCCAAUUAGCGAAUUCGUCACCUUACCAAUCCUUGUUCCCUUCUCAACCAAAUACAGAAACUAUACACGUGGUAGCAAAAACAGUCACUCCUCCUACUAGCACUUCCAAGAGCCUUGAAAAACCCGAAGAGACGAUAAAUCUGGACUUGAAAGCGGAGGAAGAAGCUGAAAAUAUCUUCGCACAAAUGGUUCGUGAAGAAUGCAUUUUUCUAGAAUCGGAACUCAAGGCUAUUCUUCACCAAGGCCGGUCAUUGAAAAUAAAUUUAGGGACCGAUGAUGAUAAAACUAAACUCGUCAUGAGUACUAAAUCUUUAGAGGAGUUUUUCAACGAACUUGUCGACAUUUGUACUACUCAAAAAUCUGAGGUUCAUAUCUUGAAGCAGAAUCUUCUUCAAUCUUGGGCUUGGUAUGAGGAAGUGAAAUCGCGCCAUUUGGCGUCUCAGGACGAAUCUUUGUUGGUAUUGACGAGAGCUCAACCUCUCGAUUCUGCGUCUGAGAAACAGCUAUCAGAUAUACGACAUGCGAAUUAUUAUUUGGAAUCUCAAAUAACACAGGCACAUUCCGCCUUAGAUGAACAAUGGGAGAAUUUCCAAGAUUAUUGCAAGAAGAAACAUAAAAUACAAAUUCCGACGAUGGAGAUGAUUUUUCAAACUAUGGUGAAACAAAACGCAAUUUUGCGAAAACAAAGUUAUAUUUUGAAAGAUAUAGCCAGUAGAAUUAAAAACAAGUCGCGUUCGGCUGUUGGCACUUCUCUUCUCGUUUCUCUCGAUGAUAUUAAAGACUUACCAGAGGAAUUAAAACGUUUGAGGAUGGAUCCUGAGGACAUUAGCCAACUUCAGUAUGAACACGUCAUGAAUCGAACAAAAAAUUUCACAAAAAAGAAAGCCCAAACUUUGCGGUCUUUUCUUCAAAAAAGAGAAUAUCCUCAUAUUUCAGUGGUGAAGCCUCAAUUGGCGAGUUCAGUAAUCCAAACUCCACCAAAACAACUUACUCGACCUGAAAAAACUUCAGUUACACCCCGGGUUCUCGAUUUUGCUCAGUCAACUCCCAAACCAACUGUACUCAAGGUUGAGUCUUCCUCAACUCCAAUGGAAAGUUUACAAAAUUUCGCUCUCAAGACUUUUACGCCCUUGACUAAAAACUUGAUUGCUGGGUCGCCAAACUCGGCUUUUGUAUCGACAAGUACUGCGUCGGCAAACACUUACAAGCCAACUUUCAUGGCUGCAACUACAACAGUAACAGCGUCUUUAAUUAAAACAAGUCCGAGUUUUGUGGCAGCGACUGGUACUGCAACCACACAAGUGCCUAAAUCGUUUGUGAAUUUGUCCACCCAACCAGUUACAAGUGGUACAAACCUAUUUGCUAAAUCUUUGCCUAAAACGACAUUUUCGUUUAAUUUACAAACUACAAGUACUGCAACACCAAUAAUUACAAGUAGUGUUGCGAGUACUAAAUCCAGUACUUCUGUUUCUAGUUUCAAUCUAUCCACACCCACAAGUACUACAGCGAAUAACUCAAUUUUUGCGAAAAGUUCUACUCCGUCAUUUGGUACUACUAGUACACCAACUUCCGCUCAGUUCACUCCGAGUAUUUUUGGUACAACAACUCAAAAGGUGAGCGAAGCUGCGGUUUCAAAAACCUUUACCUUUUCUACAAAGCCAAUAGGUGCUUCUGCAUCAAGUACUCCAAGUCUUGUGGUUUCUGCUGUUUCUCCCAUUGCCACCAGUACCCAACGCUCGAUUUUCCCUACAACUUCUACAACUAGUCCUAAAACUACACAAGUUGUCUCGAGUCCUGUUUCAAUCCAACCGAUUUUUGGUACUCAAAGUUCAACUAGUACUACUAGUAGUAUUUCAACUCCGUUUUCUGUUAGUACCACUAGUAGUAUUCCAUCAACUCAGUCCUCACCGUUUUCAUUGGGAGCACUCAAAUCAUCUAUUUUUCCUUCGCCGGCUGUUCCUGUCGUAACAACAUCACCGAAGGUCACAACACCUACUGGUACCACAAUUUCUGUUGUUACUACAACUACUGUUACCACAACUUCAACGAGUAUUUUCUCAACGCCAGCAACAACUCAAUCAAUUUUUGAUUCUGUUGUUAGUAGUGCUACUCAACCCCCAACCAUAUCUUCAGCUCCAACAACAACAAGCUUUAUUGCUGGUACCCUCCCAAGUAAACCACUUUUUGGUGGUACCGAAGUUAACGUCCCGAAACCGUCAAUUUUUAGCACAACUGCAUCAAGUGUUUUUGGGGCUGUUUCAACCACUGAUUCGAACGUUUCGAAACCAUCUAUCUUCGGUGCUCUUACAUCAACCUCUACUGUGGCUUCUGUUUUUGGUACUGUUGCAAGUACUGAUACAAAACCGUCAAUUUUUGGUAAUGUUUCGUCAAGUACUUCACCAUCAACUGUUUUUGGAUCAACUCCCACCACUCAAUUAUCCAUUUUUGGUGGUACCCCGUCAUCUACCACAUCAGGAUUUGGGGCUGCACCUGCGACUCAAGCGUCAAUUUUUGGUUCUUCUACCACCCCAGUUUUUGGGGCGCCUAGUGCUACUACUCAGUCGACUUUUGCCAGUCCCACGACGACUACUCAAUCGCAAGGUUUCGGGCUUUUUGGGGACGCCACCCAAAAGUCUUCUUUAUUUAGUACCAAGCCGAGUUCGACUCAACCGUCAAUAUUCGGAGGUACUCAGGCGCCAAUAUUUGGCGGUACCACAACUCCUCCAACUUUCGGUCAAAAUACGAGUACUUUUGGUCAAGGUUCUGUAUUCGGUUCGUCGGGUGGUACCUUCAGCAAUCCGAGCGUUUUCGGGGGUUCACCGUCAACUUUCGGACAAGCCAGUGGUUCCGUCUUCGGAAAUGCACCAACUACGAGCUCUGGGAGCAUUUUUGGGGCAACAACUACCACCGGGGGUACUUUCGGUGCUUUCGGAGCACCUGCGUCUACUACACCUUCACUUUUUGGUUCGCCAAGUGUCUUCGCUCCUGCAACUACUCAAUCUGGUACUUUUGGUACUAGUACUAGUUCCGGAAGCUUCGGUUUCGGAAGUCUCAACGUUUCAACGACUGAAAGUUCGGGUUUUGGCCCACCUGCUAACCCAUUCGGGACCGCUGCAGUGUCUUCAAGUGCCCCAGUUUUCGGGUCCAGUAGUGGAUCGCUUUUCAGUAACACAUCCCAAAGCUUUGGUGCCGGUUUCGGGAAUCAGUCUUUUGGGGGGCAACAGUCGUCUUUCUUCGGUGGGAGUACCUUCGGGCAGCAACCUUCGGGGCCCUUCAGUAGUGGAAGUGGAACUGUGGGACAAACCGGGUUUGGGGCAGGUCAGAGCUUCCAAAAACCUGGAUUUGGGGCAGCUCCUGUUUUCGGAGGGUCUCCCAGCUUCGGAAGUGCGCCUAGUUUUGGAGGAGCACCAGCGUUUGGAAGUCCACCGGCUUUUGGGACUACUCCUAAGGUGUUUGGGUCAUCAAGUCCCGGAUUUGGGGCCGCUGCUAGUACCCAAAAUACAGCUUUUGGUAAUUUAGCCAAUCAACCAACUGUGGGUUUUGGGAAUUUAGCCCAGCAAGCUGCCAAUGCGCCAACGCAGAAUGCACCAUUCUCUGGGAGCUCCUCAUUCUCCAGUUGGCGUUAAUUCAAUUUAAAUUUUGCAAGUUAAACCAAUAUAAUUUUUUUAAUUAA